AUGGAGGGCGGGGCUGAGGGGGGGGACCAUCACCACCACCACCGAGCCCCCGAUCACAGCCUGGCCGGCCCCCUGCACCCCACGAUGACCAUGGCCUGUGAGACGCCCCCAGGUAUGAGCAUGCCCACCACCUACACCACGUUAACCCCCCUGCAGCCGCUGCCCCCCAUCUCCACCGUAUCGGACAAGUUCCCCCACCACCAUCACCACCACCAUCACCACCACCACCCGCACCACCACCAGCGGCUGGCGGGCAACGUGAGCGGGAGCUUCACCCUCAUGCGGGACGAGCGCGGACUGGCUUCCAUGAAUAACCUGUAUAACCCCUACCACAAGGACGUGACUACCAUGGGCCAGAGCCUCUCGCCCCUGUCCGGCUCGGGGCUAGGCGGCCUCCACAAUUCCCAACAAGGGCUUCCCCACUACGCCCACCCGGGCGCCGCCAUGCCCACCGACAAGAUGCUCACCCCGAAUGGUUUCGAAGCCCACCACCCGGCUAUGCUUGGUCGCCACGGGGAACAGCACCUCACGCCCACCUCGGCGGGCAUGGUGCCCAUCAACGGCCUUCCACCGCACCAUCCCCAUGCCCACCUGAACGCCCAGGGCCACGGACAGCUCCUGGCCACCGCCCGGGAACCCAAUCCUUCGGUGACCGGCGCGCAGGUCAGCAAUGGAAGUAAUUCAGGGCAGAUGGAAGAGAUCAAUACCAAAGAGGUAGCGCAGCGUAUCACCACCGAGCUCAAGCGCUACAGCAUCCCACAGGCCAUCUUCGCGCAGAGGGUGCUCUGCCGCUCCCAGGGGACCCUCUCGGACCUGCUGCGCAACCCCAAACCCUGGAGCAAACUCAAAUCCGGCCGGGAGACCUUCCGGAGAAUGUGGAAAUGGCUGCAGGAGCCCGAGUUCCAGCGCAUGUCCGCGCUCCGCUUGGCAGCUUGCAAAAGGAAAGAACAAGAACACGGGAAGGAUCGAGGCAAUACACCCAAAAAGCCCCGGUUGGUCUUCACAGAUGUGCAGCGACGAACUCUCCAUGCAAUAUUCAAAGAAAACAAGCGUCCAUCCAAAGAAUUGCAAAUCACCAUUUCCCAGCAGCUGGGAUUGGAGCUGAGCACCGUCAGCAACUUCUUCAUGAACGCCAGGAGGAGGAGUCUGGACAAGUGGCAAGACGAGGGCAGUUCGAAUUCAGGCAACUCAUCUUCAUCAUCCAGCACUUGUACCAAAGCGUGAAGGAAGGAGACCCACAAACUCAAACCUCGGUGGAAAAGCUUUAAAU